AUGGCGGACGCUUUGCGGAAGCUUUUGAAGCGCCAUGAAGUUGUCGCACCAUCGCUCUCAAAUGGUUCUGACGAAAAUCUUUCGCCCGUCAAGAAGCUAGCUGCGAGCCCCUGCGGUUCCUCAGAUUCGCCAAUACCGAUGUACUUCCAGCUUCCGAAACAUGUAGUCACUGAUGAGUUCUUCGUUCCAAUUGAGAAGAUAGUCCUCACGGAAGUCAGCUCACUGUUCGGACCGGCAGAUGGCGAUCAGUUGCGUUGCAAAACCGAGCCUCUCGACUCGAAUCAUGGCACCCCGCCAACCGAUCCUAUCGUCAGUGAAGAAGAGGAGAAGCUGCACAGAUGCGAGAUUUGCGACGACAAAGUCGAUGUCGGCUCUUAUGACGGUGAACUGGCGUCAAAGCUGGUGGAACAUGCCACGAUUCACGCGGAUAAGCCGUUCGAGCAACGCUGUUCGGAAUGUUCGUUCAAAGAUGCGCAUCGCAUGGAGGUAGUCUGCCAUAUCACAACGGCCCACGACCGUGGCCUGUCUUUGUCAAUUAUCCCCGAUGAUCGGCGAGAGGAACUGCAACAAUUGACCAGGCAGUGCUUUCCGCAACACGAAGAAGCUGUCAAUUCCGCGGUGCUUGAAACGGUUGCUUCGAUGUUUUCGAGCAGGCCAAGGACUUCAACGCAAGCCACCAACAAAGCCCGGAGAAGCGCACCGGGAGUUCAGAGUCGUCACGUUUCCAAGAAUUACCAAUCGGAAAAGUGCCGGAAAUGCAGCAUGCUGCACCAAGAUGUGACGCCGAGCGGAUUGUCGAGCCACGUUUGGUCUCACGCCAAAUUUGCCCGCUACAUUUGCAAAAUUUGCGGUUGGCACUCCUACACACGAAGCCAUCUUGCAAAGCACUUGGACUCAACGCAUCCCAACGAGCCACACGUGAUUGAGGAUUCGAUUGACGCCAAGAUGGUUGAGGAUAUUAUGGCGGAGGCGACAGUCUGCUAUCCGAAAAAUGCCAAGAUGUUGAAAAAAUGGAUGGCCGAGAAGCUGCAGCCUCUUGUGGGUGGCGGCACGGCGGACAAUGCUGCAAUGCCUCAGGCUGCGUCGCGGAAGCGUCAACAUCCGCAGUCUUCCACUGCUAAUGGUGCCCUGGCUUAUCCCAUGACGGAUGUGCCGACACCGAAAGUGCCAGCCAGUCAGGCAGUCGCCAACCAAUGCUUGUUGUGUGGAUCAUCAUCGUCGAUAAUGCAAUCCGUCUACCAAAAUGCCCGAAAAUUGGUGAAUCAUGCGCGGACUCACCUCUCUGCCAGGCCCUUUUGUUGUUCGGAAUGCGGCCAUGAGUCGAAGAUCAAGAACACCGUUUCCGCUCACAUCAAGGCUAUGCACGCCGGAAAGGGCGACGUGGUGGAUAAAAGCACGCCCGAAUUCAUCGCUCAAUUGAAAGAGUGCUGCCGUCGCCUCUACCCCCUUCAAGUAGAUGUUUGCGAGCACCACUUGGAUAUCACGCACAUGAACCUCAAGUCGGACGGCCUGACGCUAGCUGCUGAAGCAGUGCCACGUGUCAAAGAUUGGACUUGUAAGAUCUGCCAUCACCGGCUGCACAUCGAUGCCCCAAGCAGAGUGGUGAAAGGCCUUGUCGAACACUCGAUGCGACACAUCACAUGGCACAAGGCAUAUAAAUGCUCUGUCUGCCUACAUGCCUGCCACACCGAGGACAACCUGUCGAACCACAUUCGGGUCGUGCACCAUGGGAAUGGCCAUCAGCUGAAGUCGUUCACACCGGACUAUUGCGCGGAAUUGCGCCUGCAGACGCUCAACGGGUUCGCCAUCACACCGGCGCUCGUCGAUGCUCAGUUGGAGAAGCUGCAGGACAUCAAGGAUGGACUGUGCACGUCCGCCCCGCAACCCCGCUCGGCCACGCUCAACAAGGCUGCCACGGGCUCGGCGAAUUCAACUAGUGGCACAAGUGGGAUGAAUGGGCCGCGCGUGUGCAAGGAGUGCGGCUUCAAAUCGAACGUUGGCAGCGACAAGCUGAUGUCGAGGAGCAUCGUCAACCACACGCUCACCCACAUAACCUACUGCCCAUUUAGAUGCGCCGUUUGCGCCUACCCGGCCAAGAACCGUUCUUCGUUCUAUCGGCGUGUCAACGUGGACCACAAAUGUGGGGACAACAUAGUUCUCGAGACCACCGCCGAGUUUUACGAUGAACUGAUGUCGAAGUGUAUGAACAACUUUUCACUGUCAAAGGAGGUGCUGAGGGGAUGGCUGAAUCGCUUCGAGCCGCGCAAUUCGACCGACUGGAAUUUGCCACUGAAUAAUCAGCAGCUCAAUUAUUACAUCGAUGACGACACUGAUCCUCAGCAGCCGAGCACCUCUGCAUUGUGGCCAUCUUCAUCCAGCGCGAAUGAUACCAGCCAUGAACCAGUGCCGUUCUCGGAUCUGUUCCAUGUGUUCAACGACCUUCCCGCGAAUGCUCCUACCGAACAUAAGCUCGUCAAGCAGGAGCCAGUCACUAGCGAAGUCGGCAGCAGCGCCGCCACCUCCGCUUCUUUCCGCGGGCACGGCAACCAGCAGAGCGCCAAUGAUGUGGCGAUCUUACGCAACCAGCUGGCUCAGACCGAGGCUCGCGCGGCGGCAGAGAUUGCAGAGCUGAAGGCCAUGCUCGAGGUGAAGGAGCAAGAAAAUCGGAUGCUGCGCACCGAAUUGGCGGAGGCUAACAGCACUCAGACGCGUAUCGAGUUGCAGCGAAAGGAGGAGGAGCUGGAGGAGAUGCGUCAUAAACAACGAGCGGUGUAUCUACACGUGGGCGAGUUGAGCACCGAGUGCAAGAUGCUGAAGGACGAGGUGGAACUUUUGAAGAACAAGAACAAGCCCUCGAUAGUAACCAUUGAUAUCGAU